AUGAGAAGCUUCUUUUUACUCAGCGCCGUCGCCUUUAGCGCGGCCAACGCUGGUGUUUUAGACUAUCGUCGCCAGCCAAGGGGAGACUACAAUCUACCUCCGGCCUUGACAACUUCUGUCUAUCAACCCCCGGCCGUCUCUACUGAUCUCUAUCCUCCUCCCGCUCAGUCUGCCAACACUGAGCCUACUGAGCAAGAGACUUCUCCUUAUGUUCCUCCUUCGGUUCCUACUGUCGCUACUUCCGAGCACCAAGAGACUACCAACUAUGCACCUCCCGAGUCUGCAGCUACCGAGAGUGCUAGCAAGCCUGUCGAAGACACUUCUGUUGUUGAGACUCCUUCCAACGCUUACCCUCCUCCUGCCAACACUCAACCUGGACAAGACACCACUGAGGCCUCAACACCAACCGGAGCCUAUCCCCCUCCUGUAAACACUCAAAAGACAGAGACUGAGCAAGAGUCUUCUGCCGUUGUCACAUCUGAAGAGUCCACUCCAACUGGUGCUUACCCUCCUCCUGAGAACACUCCAUCCGAGUCUGAGCAUGAGUCUACUGCUGUCGAGACUACUGCCAUUGAGACAAGUGCUGAGGGUAAAACCUCAACUGAUCUGUAUCCUCCUCCUGCCAACACCGAGACCACCAAGCCCGGCAAGGAUACAACUGAGGCUCUUACCCCCACUUCCGAGUACACUCCUCCCGAGAGUACCGAUGUAACGCAGCAGGGAUCUACCGAUGUUGGCAGCUCUACUGACGCGUAUCCCCCUCCCGAGGGCACCCCCACAACCCAGGGUACCACGGCUGUUUCCGAGACCACCAAGCCUGCCGUCGGCACCUCAACUGAUGUCUAUCCUCCUCCUAAGGGUACCGAGACUACCGAUACUGGUGUUGAGACCGAAACUGGUAGUGCCUCUACUACCCAGUGGACUACCUCAACUGUCUAUACUACCAAUGUAUACACCGUCACUUCUUGCCCUCCCGAGGUUCCUGACUGCCCCAACGGUCAGCAUGUCACUACCAAGACCAUCGCUGUGUCUACCACCAUCUGCCCUGUCACUGAGACCAAGCCUGUGACUGAGCAUGGCGAGACUGGUACUCCCACUUAUCCUGUUCCCGGCUCUACCGAGACUGAGCAACAAGGUACCGAGACUGCUACUGUCUCCAAGCCUGGUGAGACCGAGACCAAGACUGAGUCGGUUCCUGAGGAGACUGAGACUUCACCUUCCACUGGUGCUUACCCUCCUCCCAAGGUUACCACUGGCACUACUGAGGGAGCCGAGACUGAGACUCUUCCUGCUGAGACUGAAACUACCAAGCCCGCUGUCGGCACAUCCACUGGUGUCUAUCCUCCUCCUAAGGCCACCACUGAGACUACCGAGGGUACUGAGACUGAGACUGUUCCCGCCGAGACUGAGACUACCAAGCCUGCUGUUGGUACCUCAACUGGUGUCUACCCUCCUCCCAAGGGCACUGAGACUACUGAGACCGGUGUUAAGACUGAGACUGAGUCCCUUCCUGCUGAGUCUACCAAGCCCGCUGUUGGAACUUCAACCGGUGCCUAUCCUCCUCCCAAGGUCACCACCGAGACAGCCACUGCCAAGACCGAGACUGUUCCCACUGAGACCAAGCCCAACACUCAGCAGACCAGCCAGUGGACUACCUCAACUGUCUACACAACCAACAUCCGCACUAUUACGUCUUGCCCUCCUGAGAUCCCUGACUGCCCCAACGGCAAGCAUGUCACAACCGAGACUAUUGCUAUCUCUACUACCGUCUGCCCUGUGACCGAAGCCGGAUCUACCAAGCCAGCUACUGUCACAAAGGAAUCACCCACUUAUCCCGUUCCUACCCAGGCUACCGAGACAGAGGGCCAGUCUACUGUACCUACUACUGAGAUUGAGGAGUCUACCAAGCCUGUUACUCAUCAUGAGGGAUCUACCAAGCCUGCUACCGAGACAGAGACUAAGCCUGCUACUGAGACCAAGCCUGUUGAGACCAAGCCCACUUACCCAGUCCCCACUGAGACUAAGCCUGCCACUGAGACUGAGACUAAGCCUGCUACCACAGGCGGCCAGGAGCACCCAACCGAGACCAAGCCCGUCACGGAGACUAAGCCCACUUACCCAGUUCCUACUGAGUCCAAGCCCGCUAGCACCACCGAGUGGACUACCUCAACCGUCUACACCACCAACAUCCGCACCGUAACUUCUUGUGCUCCUGACGUUCCUGACUGCCCUAACGGUAAGCACGUCACAACUGAGACUAUCGCCAUCUCCACCACCGUCUGCCCCGUCACCGAAGAGCACCACACGGAGACGAAGCCAGCUCCCACCAAGCCAGUUGAGACCAAGCCUGCUACCGAGAGCAAGCCUGCCACGGAAGGACAGUCCACCAAGCCUGUCGAGACCAAGCCCGCCACUCAGACUAAGCCUGUCACUGAGACCAAGCCAACUUACCCAGUUCCUACUGAGACGAAGCCUGCUACUGAGGGACACUCUACCAAGCCUGUCACUGGUGGACAGUCUGAAGCUGGAUCUACCCAGCCUGCUUCUACUACUGAGUGGACUACUUCAACUGUUUACACGACUACCAUCCGCACUGUUACAUCUUGCGCUCCCGAGUUCCCUAACUGCGAGGCACCUACUCCCCAUGUCACUACUGAGACUGUUGCCAUCUCUACCACUGUCUGCCCUGUUACUGAGCAGCACCAAACUCAGCCUAAGCCUACGGAACACAAGCCUACUCAACCCAAGCCCACUGAGUCUCAGCCUAGUGAGACAGCCAAGACUACUGGAUGGUCGACUUCUACCAUUUACACCACCAGCGUUCGCACCGUCACUGCUUGUGGUCCUGAGUUCCCCAACUGCGAGACACCUACUCCCCACGUCACUACUGAGACUAUCGCUGUUUCUACUACCAUCUGCCCCGUGACUGAGCAGCACCAGACUGGUUCCAAGCCCACUGAGUCCAAGCCUACUCAGCCCAAACCCAGCCAGCCAGCCAAGACUACCGCUUGGUCUACCUCUACUGUCUACACUACCAGUGUCCGAACAGUGACUACCUGCGGCCCUGAGCAUCCCAACUGCGAGACCCCCACUCCUCACGUCACCACCGAGACCAUCGCCAUCUCAACCACCGUCUGCCCAGUUACCGAGGAGCAGUCUCAUCCCACCAAGCCCAGCACUCCCGGCCAACCUUCUCAGCCCUCCAACCACGAGCAGCCCAGCCAGCCCCACCAGACCUACCCCGUCCCAACUCAGCAAGUCGUCACAACCGGCUGGUCUACCUCUACCGUCUACACGACCAACAUCCGAACUGUCACUGCUUGCGCUCCCCACGUUGCCAACUGCCCUGGUACUCCCCACGUCACCACCGAGACCAUCGCUCUCUCAACCACUCUCUGCCCCGUCACCAAGACUCAGGUCAUUCCCGGCCCUGGUGCUACUUACUACCCUCCUGGUAACUCAACAUCCACUCUUUACACCACCAAGUACUUCACCGUCACCGCUUGCCCUCCCACUGUCACAGACUGCCCCAUUGGCGCUGUCUCUUCUACCGUCUACGCCACAGCCACCACCCAGAUCAAGCCGUGGAACUCUCACGUCUACCCCUCUCCCACCAAGGGUCAUCCUCCUACAAUCCCUACCCACUUGGCUCCUGGCAACGGGACGGUCACCACCUUCAUCCGAUCCACCACCAAGCUCUACGAGACUCCUGUCUCGACCCCCAAGGCGGCUGAGCACACUACUACUUCCAAGGCUGGCUAUGAGAAGCCUCCUUAUCCUGUUUACUUUUUUUAA